AUGCGAGCAUCUGAACUUUCUCCAAAGUUUCAAUAUGCAUUCCGGAGGUGUUUAUUUUACACUUUUGUUCUGGUGGCCUGGUUAUUCAUUGGAAUGCUCCUGUUUCCGGCUCUCUGCACGCCCGCUGUCAAACAGGAUGAUAAUGAGGCAGGAAUGUUCCGAUUAGAUGCCAAACGAUCAGAUUUGUUGAAUGUUCUAUGGGCUGAGACGAUAACAAAUGGAGAAGAUGAUUGGUCAGAGUUGGCAGAUCAAAAGUUGGAGCUAUAUGAGAAGGCUCUCCUCCAACAUUAUGGCAUCGAUCUUGACAAAUCAGACAAAUCUUUUGCUUCUGGUCUUCAAAAGUCCUUUGCAAUUUCUACAACCAUUGGUCCAUUGGAUGUAGAUGACUUCACGACGAUAGGAAAACUGAUAGCCGUUCUAUAUGCACUCAUUGGUACCCCACUCUUCUUAACAGUAAUUGGUCAGCUUGGAAAAAUGGUGACGUCACUUUGGCAGGGAACAACUCUUUGGAUUGUAACAAUUGUCUACAUUUUCAUUUCCGCUGUUAUUUAUGAUAUUGUGGAGGGGGGUUCCGAUGAUGUGCCAUUCAUCGAAGCAAUCUUCUCGAUUUUCUUGCAAUUCACAACUGUUGGAGAGGUGGAUAAUGAAUUCCACGGUGUCCUCCCAUAUGGAAUUGUUGUUCUUGGCUUAGCGCUCAUUACUGCUCUUUAUCAAGAAAUGCAGCAAAAUAUCGAACGGUUCAUUCAUCCAUUUGAAUAUUCAUUCAAUAGAUUGUGUGGAACAGUUGAAAGAUGGAUUGGCGAAAAAAGCGAUGAGAAGAAAUCAAUUGCUUCGACAAGAAUAGAAGAAGAAAAUGAGGAUGAGCUUAGUGAUUAUGAAUAA